CAUGGGGAACAGCACCACUGUCGCUGAGUUUGUCCUGCUGGGGCUCUCAGAUGCCUGUGAGCUGCAGAUGCUCCUCUUCCUGGGGUUUCUCCUGACCUACCUCCUCACUCUGCUGGGGAAUCUCCUCAUUUUGGUCACCACCCUCAUGGACAGAUGCCCCCACACCGCCAUGUACUACUUACUCUGCAACUUUGCUGUCCUGGAGAUCUGGUUCACCUCAGUCAUCUUCCCCAAGGUGCUGACCAAUAUCCUGACUGGAUAUAAGACUAUCUCCCUAGCAGGUUGUUUUCUCCAAUUUUUCUUUUAUUUCUUCCUGGGGACCACAGAGUUCCUCCUACUGGCAGUGAUGUCUUUUGACAGGUAUGUGGCUAUCUGUAACCCCUUGUGCUAUGCUACCAUCAUGAGAAAAAAGGUCUAUGUCCCGUUGGUCCUUUGUUCAUGGAUGGCAGGAUUCCUUCUCAUCAUUGUUUCUAGUUCAAUCACAUUUCAGCAGCCAUUCUGUGGUCCCAAUAUCAUUCAUCAUUUCUUCUGCGACAGCUUUCCACUCCUGGAACUCAUAUGUGCAGAUACAAGUCUGAUAGAGCUUCUGGGCUUCAUAGUAGCCAACUUCAGCUUACUGGGCACUCUCUCUGUGACAGCCACCUGCUAUGGCCACAUCCUCUACACCUCCCUGCGCAUCCCUUCAGCCAAGGAGAGCCAGAAAGCCUUCUCAACCUGCUCCUCCCACAUCAUUGUCGUGUCUCUCUUCUAUGGCAGCUGCAUCUUCGUGUAUAUCUGGUCAGGCAAAGGUGGCCAGAGGGAGAACAGAAGCAAGGUGGUGGCCCUGCUCAACACUGUGGUGACCCCAAUGGUCAACCCCUUCAUCUACACCCUGAGGAACAAACAGGUGAAGCAGGUGUUGAGGGAGAAGGUGAGCAAGCUCCUCUCAUAAAGAUUAGCUGGACUUGAGAGAGGGAAAAGUAGCCUCCUUACCUAAAUCUCUGCAAAUGAAGCUCCUGUUCUGAUGAUCUCCAUGAACUAUCCUCUCAUAGACAAUUUCAGGUGUAUUCUAAUCCACGUUAAAAAAAAAAAAAAUCUUCGAUGACUGCCCUGUCAGGGAGCACAACAGAGAACUCCUGAGGGAGCAGGAGAUCAGUGGGAUGCAGACCCCAAAUUCUCAUAAAAAGACCAUACUUAAUGGUCUGACUGCGAUUAGAGGAAUCCCGGCGGCAAUGCUCCCCAGACCU